GGGUCGAGAGCGUCUGGCGUGGAGAAUUCAGGGACCUACUGGAGCCAAAGGCUUUUCCCUCACUUGAUAUGGCUGCGGCCGGCGAGCGACCGAGUCGUCCGUGAGGAAAGGGAGGCAAAGCUUUUCCGAGAUCGUCUCAGCGAUGGCGCUUCGGUCACGGCUCUGGGGGUUGUCCUCGGUUUGCAGGAACCCGGGGUGCGGGUUCGCAGCUCUCUCAACCAGCUCCAAGCCAGCGGCGAAACCUGAAGUGGACCCUGUGGAAAAGGAAGCUGUCGCCCCAGAGUUCACCAACCGGAACCCCCGGAACCUGGAGCUCUUAUCUGUAGCCAGGAAAGAGCGGGGCUGGCGGACGGUGUGGCCCUCCCGUGAGUUCUGGCACAGGUUGCGAGUUAUAAGGACUCAGCAUCAUGUAGACGCAUUUGUGGAGCAUCAAAAUGGCAAGGUUGUGGUUUCGGCAUCCACUCGAGAAUGGGCUAUUAAAAAGCACCUUUAUAGUACCAGAAAUGUGGUGGCUUGUGAGAAUGUAGGCCGAGUGCUGGCACAGAGAUGCUUAGAGGCGGGAAUCAACUUCAUGGUCUACCAACCAACGCCAUGGGAGGCAGCUUCAGACUCGAUGAAACGACUACAAAGUGCCAUGACAGAAGCUGGUGUGGUUCUACAGGAACCUCGGAGAAUCUAUGAAUAAAUGGAAGCAUUAAUUGUUUUGAACAUAUAAAACCAUCAACUACUACAGCCAUCAAAAGAGAACAUCUGAAAGAACAGCCAGCAUGGAAGUUUUACGGCAGUAUUGUCACAGUGGAGUAUUAUUUGUAGUUAAGGUCAUCCUCCUCCCCUUUCUCUUUGUUAAAUCAAGAACUGCAAUCUGCCCCUCUCGGACUUGAAACAGAUGUAAGAAAAGCAGUCAUCAAUUAUAAUUAACUUUCAAAGGACGAGUCAGAAGUUGUUUAUAAAUUACAAAAUAAAGGCAUAUUAUGAACUCUUA